UGUCGUUUUUAUCUACAGAGCUCCGAUCCACUCGAUCUAUAGACGUAGAUGUCAGUGGGAUGGGUUCACGUAGAGGUGUUGGUAGAGGUUCACUCGACUCAUCGCCCGUGCAUUUGGUUCGUGCAGUCUUGUUAUUUCCACCUAUUUCUCUGCGAAGAGAAAUAGACAAUAAUGGCAAUAAGUUAUUCUCUGUUGAACUUAAUUAAUUAGUUAAAAUCUGAAUAUCAUUAGUAACAUUUCGGUGAUCCAUGUACACAAAAACAAUAAAAAUGCCAGCCAUGAAAGAUUCGAAUAUUGUUAAAAUUGCCGUGGAAAUGACCGAUCAGGUCCCGCAGUUAAUCGAAUUUAACCAGAAGCAACCCUUGGCCGGAAUAAUCCAGGAAUUGUGCAACGGGUGGGGCCUUUCAGACCCAGAUAGAUUUGCUCUGCAGUUUUCGGAGAAUAAUAAUCACAAUUACAUCACUGAGAAAAAUCGUAAUGAAAUAAAGAAUGGGAGUGUUUUAAGAUUGGAACAUUCGCCUUCAAAAACAGCCAGUGACAUUCUGACCAAACUAAACGUAGGAAAUGGUGAUGAGAAGACAGUGGCUCUGGAAAAAUUAAGCAAACUAAGUACGGAUGUAACUUUUGCGUUGGAAUUUAUAAAUAAACAAGGUUUAGCACUCAUCAUUUCACAGGUAGAGGCUGGAAAAUGGAAAACAAGUGCGUUGGCUCAUUCCCUGCAAUCAUUUGUUGAACUGAUGGAUCAUGGAAUCGUUUCGUGGGAUAUUUUGGAAUCUCCAUUUAUAAAUAAAGUAGCGAGUUAUGUAAACAAUCAAGCAACUCCUCAAGACUCAAAGGUGGUCGAAGCUUCUUUGAGCAUACUUGAAAACAUCGUUUUGAACUCCUCUGGAAAAUAUGGCCAGGUUGAGAAGGAAGUGACUUUUCCAAAUUUGGUGAUGCAUCUCCAAAGCUUAAGCCCCCAAAUACAGCAAAACGCAAUUGCGCUGAUCAAUGCUCUGUUCCUGAAAGCAGAUUUACCUAAACGACGAGCUGUUGCUGCUACAUUACAAUCCAAGCAAUUGCGUUUAGUUUUUCUGACCAAUGUCAUUCAAUCAACGGGGCAGGUUGGCAGUGAAAUGGCACAUCAGCUUUACGUGUUACAAACUCUGAUGUUAGGACUAUUGGAGCAAAGAAUGAUGGCAAAAAUGGAUCCCCAAGACCAAGAUGCCCAUGACAAAAUCAAGGAGCUACGGCGUAUCGCUUUUGAUACAGAAGGUUCUGUUAGCAGUGAUGUAACUGCUCGAAAGCAAGGACAUUUUGCCACAGACUACAAAAAACUAGGUUUUAAGUACAACAUCAAUCCAGCUAAGGAUUUCACUGAAACCCCACCAGGAAUGCUGGCUCUCGACUGCAUGGUUUAUUUUGCCCGAAACCACAUGGAAAGUUACACAAAAGUAGUCCUCGAAAACUCCUGCCGAGCAGAUGAACAUGAGUGUCCUUUUGGAAGAACUAGUGUUGAGUUAGUGAAACUAUUGUGUGAGGUGCUUCGAAUUGGUGAAGCCCCAAGUGAGCAGGGUCAAUCUUAUCAUCCAAUGUUUUUUACGCACGACCAUCCAUUUGAAGAAUUUUACUGCGUGUGUAUAGUAUUGUUGAACAAGACGUGGAAAGAGAUGCGAGCAACUACGGAAGACUUUGUGAAAGUAUUUUCUGUAGUGCGAGAACAGAUUACCCGGGCUCUCCAGAGUAAACCUACAGGACUGGACAAGUUCAAAACUAAACUGCAACAGUUAACGUACUCGGUGAUCACAAAUCUCUGGCAACAAGAGAGAACGAAUCGUGAGGAAUGCGAGAGUCAUGCCAAACCCAUAAUUCAACUCAGAGAACAAAUAACUCCAGAAAUUUUGGAUCUCAUACAGCAACAAAGGCUUGGAUUCCUGGUCGAAGGUACUCGCUUUACUAAGUACACAGCUAAAGGAUUGAGAACCAAAGAUAAGUUUUGGUACGUUCGUCUUUCUCCAAACCACAAAGUAUUCCAUUACGGUGAUUGUGACGAGAAAUCCGUGCCAACGAUCGAUGAGCUGCCAACAAAACUAGCUGUGGUUGAGAUUCGUGGAUUAUUAACUGGCAGAGACUGUCCACACAUGAAAGAUCUUCAACGGCGCAAGACUACUCAUCAGCUUGCAUUUUCCUUAGCUCUUGACUCAGUUGAGGUUACUAGUCUUGAUUUUGUUGCUCCAGAUGAGCAAGUUUUCGAUUACUGGACAGAUGGAAUCAAUGCAUUACUCGGUAACAGGAUGACGAGUAAAGAGACGGAAAACGACCUCGAAAUUCUUUUAUCAAUGGACAUUAAACUAAGAUUGCUAGAUGCGGAAGGAAUAGACAUUCCACAAGACCCACCCCCCAUUCCAGAAAAUCCACCGCACUACGAUUUUUGUUAUGAGCUGAAUGCUGGGGAUCAUCGGCAAAAUAGUCAGGAGGACAAAGGAUGAAUUCCACGAGAUUGAGGAUGGGCCCUCUGCUGAACGGAUUCAAAUAACGUCCACGUUUGUCCCUGAGUAACGAAGUAAGCAAAGAAAGGAACAAUGUUUACGGAAGUGCACGUCAAAAUCCAUCCAAGCCCGCAGAAAACAAACGCUUCAACGAGACCCAGGACAUAGAGCAAUUGGAUUCCCUCGAUUGCGAUGCAGUAGCAGGCAAAGUAGAGAGUGAAAGAGCAAUUGACAGCAAUGCUCAGUACGAAGUGGAA